CGCACCCUUUCUUCUUUCCUUCUCCUUGCCUGUUCUACAUCUCGAGCAUCAGUUUUCCAGAUUUUGUCGAUCGGAUCGUGUUUGAGAAAUCGGGUAGAUAUGGGUUUCGAAGACGAUCCGUUUCGUGAUGAAGAUGGAGAGCCUUUGAUGGACUACGAUGAUUUCAAUAAUGAUCGCGAGCCAACCCCUGAACCUCUUCAGGACUUUGACGACAAUUUGGCCGAUGACGUUGGGGAAUGGAAUGCAGGCGAAGGGUCACAAACUCCGGUCUACGACAAUGAUAAGGUCAAGCCCAGGAAAAGGUUAGUGAAGAAAACGUCUGGUGGACAAGGCACCAUGGAUGUUCCAGAAUUGGUUGAUGAGGAUUUGGACUUCGAUGGCGAUGAGUUUGCUGGACGCGGUUCAGAUUUUGAUGACAAGGUGGGUAAGAAAAGGAAGGAGAAAGAAUGGAUCAGUAGUAGUGGCAAGAAGGAGAAGAAGCAAAUGAAAUUCACCAGCCGUGGUGAGAGGAAGUCAGCAGAGAUCGAUGAGAUGUGGAAUUCUAUUGCCCACAACCCAGAGAUUGAUGAAGAAGGUGUUAGGACUGUGGAUGAUGAUAAUUUCAUCGACGAUAGUGGGUUGGAUCCUUCUGAGAGGUACGGACACGACCAUGGAGGCCACUCACCUAGUCAUUACCCUGAGGCAGAGGAGGGUGAAGAGGAUGAUGAGAUAAAUCAACUUUUCAAGGUGGGGAAGAAAAAGAAGAAGAAUGAGAAAAACCCUGCAGAAAUUGCGCUUUUGGUUGAGAAUGUAAUGGCGGAGUUGGAGCUCACUGCCGAAGAAGAUGCAGAUCUCAAUAGACAGGGGAAGCCUGCUGUUAACAAGCUUAAGAAACUUCCACUUCUUACUGAGGUUCUCGCCAAGAAACAGCUUCAGUCAGAAUUCCUGGAUCAUGGAGUUCUAACUCUAUUGAAGAAUUGGCUUGAGCCGCUUCCAGAUGGAAGCUUACCAAACAUAAACAUCCGUGCAGCUAUUCUGAAGAUUCUCACUGAUUUUCCUAUUGACUUGGACCAAUACGACAGAAGGGAGCAAUUGAAAAAUAGUGGGCUUGGAAAGGUCAUUAUGUUCUUAUCGAAGUCUGAUGAAGAAACUACAUCAAACAGAAGACUUGCAAAGGAUUUGGUUGACAAAUGGUCACGUCCAAUUUUUAACAAGAGUACAAGGUUUGAGGACAUGAGAAAUGUUGACGAAGAUAGGGUUCCCUAUAGAAGGCCUUCAUCAAAGAAGCCUGUGAACAAAGCUUCAGCUAUGGAAUCCAGAGAUGGUGACUUUGACUUGGAUAUUCGGAAUCGUAAAACUGGUCUGACAUCAGGACAGAGUUCAUCCUCCAGGCAAGUCACAGUAAGGCCAGAAGCAACCCCGUUGGACUUUGUGAUACGUCCUCAAUCCAAGAUUGAUCCAGAUGAGAUCAGAGCCCGAGCAAAACAGGUUGCUCAGGACCAGCGCCGGCUGAAGAUGAACAAGAAGUUGCAGCAGCUGAAAGGAUCGAAGAAGAAGAGGCUGCAGGCGACGAAGGUGAGUGCGGAAGGUCGUGGUAUGCUUAAGUACCUUUAAAGGAUGGAAGAAAAGCUCAGACUGGGAGCCACCACUUCAAAAAAAAGGAUAUAUUGUUGAGCCAUGGGAAAACUUUACAAAGCGUUGGCUCUUGAGCAUUA